AUGUGUCCCGAGGGAGACGAGGACCAGACGGCUGCGGCCACGGCGCAGCAGCAGGAGACCGCGGCGAACGCAGCGGCUGGAAUUCUACCGGCUGAGCACUGGGUGCAAGCGGCACGAGACGCUGCUAACGACGACGAUGCCGACUCUGCGCUAGGCGACGACAACGCCAGCUCCACGGCGUCGAUCACCUCUACGAUUUUGCAGUACCGGAAGAUACACGGGAGGACGUUCCACGGCGAGGUUGGCGACGCCCAGUAUUGUGACUUUGCCGACGAGAACCCCGAAUGUGAAGUCAUUGGAACGGACAUCUCCCCAAUCCAACCUAGCUGGGUUCCGCCUAAUCUGAAGUUUGAAAUUGACGACUGCACGCGCGAAUGGACCUUCGAACCAGAGUCCUUUGACUAUGUUCACAUCCGCUUCCUGGUCGGCAGCAUCGCGGACUGGCCAGCGCUGUUUAAGCAGGCGUACAGGGCUCUGAAGCCGGGCGGGUACCUUGAAAGUUUCGAGGUCUCGCCGGCCAUCAUGAGCGACGACGGGACCGUCCCGGAGACUAGCGCGCUGGGUCAGUGGGGCAAGUUCUUCGAGGAGGGCGGCCGGAAGAUGGGUCGAACGUUCCGGGUCCUCGACGAGAACUUGCAGAGGACGUCAAUGGAGGACGCCGGCUUUGAGAGUAUUACGGAGUGGAACAAUAAGGCCCCUAUCGGUAACUGGCCAAAGGACGAGGUGAAGAAGGAGAUUGGCGAGUGGGCUCAGCUGACGCUCCUGUCGGACAUUGAGGGCUAUGUCCUUUUCAUGGCCAACGUCAUGUCGACUUGGUCUCGUGAGGAAAUCCACAUAUAUGCGGCGCAGCUGCGUCGCGAGAUCCGGUCUGGCAAGCUUCAUGGGUACUACCGCCAGAGAGCAGUCUGGGGACAGAAGCCUCUGAAGACCGAGGCGUAG